GGCCAGGCUGGACUCACAGUUUCUGGUGUGGCCAGAACUACAUGUUUCCAGCUGGGUCACCAACUCCUCUUCAUUCCCAGCCCCUCCAAGAAUCCCGGGAGACUGUGGGACCUGCUGGUGCUGUUGGUGGUUUGUUUUCAUCAUAAAAGGGAGGGGUUGACUCCACCCCCUCAACCCACGACCUACAUACCAACGUGAUUUGGUGCACAGUCGUAUCAAAAGAAAAUAUCCUUCUCUGAAAUACCUGGCCUGAUGUGUAUAAACAAUUGGAGUCUCCAACACUGGAUGCCAAGCACGUUUGUCAGAGGUGGAAGACCAAGAUUCAGAUCAGUUUAAACCCCAUGCCCUACUGCCUAAACAAUGUGGGAGCUUCUUCUUCCUUCUCCAGUGUCAGGAGGGACUCCUGUCGGCUCUGGUAUCUCCUUCUCUUGCUGGUGCAGCUGGGCUCAGGUGUAGGAUCAUCACCCACUAUCCACGUUGAAGGGCUCGAGACGGCGGAGAUAAGGCUGCUGUGCAGGUCAGCGGGAUGGUUCCCAGAGCCCCGAGUUCAGUGGAGAGAUUCCACUGGGAAGACUUUGUCCAUGGUGUCCGAUCCAAUAAUUUCUCGGGAUGCCGAUGACCUUUAUCGAAUGGAAGUCGGUUUUACGCUCAGAAAAGAGAACAGUGGGGUGAUCACUUGCUCUAUUUUGAACCCCCUGCUGAAGCAGGAGAAGGAAUCAAGUGUCAAUGCAUCAGAUUACUUUUUCUCCCAGGACAAUUCCUGUCUGCGAGGUCUGGCUGUGAGUGGAGCCCUAAAUGUAAUAUUUCUUCUCAGUAUCGCUGCAUGCCUCUGGACCAUGUACAGGAGAAGAGGCCUUUUCAACCAGUGGAACUAAUGGCCAUCAUCUACCACCCCCAAGGCCCUACCUACAACUUUCUGAACCAUUUUGAUCCCUUUGAAACAUUCCUUCUCUCUUUUCCCGCCCCUGCACUGAUCCUCAGCAACUUCAAUAUUCAUGUGGAUGUUCCCAACGACCUUCCUGCUUCCCGCUUCCUCUCCCCUCUCAACUCCUCCAACCACCAGCUCCACCUCUACUCACCAACUCUCCAGUUUGAACAACCACUUGAUCUCAUCAUCUCUAGUCACUGUACAGUCUCUAACCUCAUCAACUCUAAAAAUCCCAACCUCCUCAGACCACACCUUCUUCAUCUGCCUUCUCUCUCUGCACAAAUCUAACCUGUCCCUCCACAGAGUCACCUGUGCCCAGAAACCCUACUUCCAGCCCAGUUCUCGGGACAGUGACUGGUCCGGACCCUCCUCCAUGAACCCUUGGACCUCUGCAUCUUUGAGGACAGAGAAGAGAGCUGCCGACCAUCAACAGAUCCACGGACGGUCAGCUAAAACGCCCUAAAAUCGAUCAUGACCAAAACAUUCGUAAAGAGAUUUUGAUGUCUGUGAAUAUAGUCGGCAGCCUCAACGGUGUGGCGGCAGGAGGAAUCAGGUUUGCUCUAUGCCACAUCCCAACUGCUGUGUCUCUUGGGGUUCAUCCUGUCUUCUCUGCACAGAAUCCUGCUUCCUGAAUUGUCAGGAUCCACAGUGGAAAGCCACACAGUUUCCCAGAAUGACAAGGAGCCCAGCUCUCCCUGGCCAAUAGAUUAGCUUCAGAUCCAUCCUGGAACUUGAACCAUGGAGGGCCAGCCCCUCCCUGGCUAGGAAAAGAGAAGGUGACAGGCCUUCUCUGCCUUCUUUUUUUUUUUUUUGUAUUUGUUAAAUGCUUACUAUGUGCCAGGUACUGUAUUAGGCAGUGGGGUAGA